CUUCGCCGCGGCGUCGAACGGUGACGAUCCCUCUCUAUUUCCCUCUUUCCCUCCUUCUCUUUCAUUCCCUCUGUUCUAAAAGGGCCGAAACGAGAAUCGUCGGAACGACGUCGAACGCCGGCCGGCAUGGCGCGAAACACUUGACUCGAGCGACGCGAGCCGUCGCAACGAUGCGACACGGUCCCGCGACGGAACGCCACUCCGGACCGCGAAACGACCGAUCUUCUUUUUCCCCGGCUGACUGUCCGGCCACGAUCCGAUCGCCGUAAAUGCGCACGUCAUUCGAGAAUUUAAUAUAUCGCGGGAACAAUGUACGGCAUGCUGUUGGAGAGUGUGCAGCACUUCGUGCAGCUAGAAUACGGCGAGGAGAUUUGGCUUCAGAUCUUGGAAAAAGCUGACUGCAAGCACAUGGUCUUCAACACGCGGCAAGUGUAUCCCGACGAGCUUAUGACUAAUUUAGCAGCUGCUUUGGCGUCGCUGAGUAACGAUUCCGUGGACAAUGUGAUGCGAUUUUUCGGCAAAUGUUUCGUUCGAUUUUUUAGCAACUUAGGGUACGCUUGUACAGUAAAAGCCACCGGUCGCUAUUUCUGCGACUUUUUACAAAGUGUCGACAACAUUCACAUGCAAAUGAGAUUCACGUACCCAAAAAUGAAAAGCCCUUCGAUGUACACUACGCAUGUUGACGCAGAAGGGGUAGUAUUAGUUUAUCGAAGCACCAGGCAGGGUUUUACACAUUAUUUUAUGGGUCAAUUAUUUCAAAUAGCAGAAGAACUUUACAAAACCAAGCUGAACAUUCGAGUAUUAGAAAGUUCGAACAAUAUCCCAGGUUCGAGGAAUGUAAUGGUUAAAUUCAGAAUCGACUUCGAUAAUCGCGAAUACAUUGCAAAAAAUACCAAAAUGAAAACUCCACUGGGAAAGGAAUUGGCACCGGUGUCUUGCACGUUUCUUUUACGACUUUUCCCGUUCGGAAUCGUAAUGAACAAGGAGAUGCGAAUAUUGGGGGGUGGAGAAAAAUUAUUGCAAGCUUGGGGUGGCAGCUCAUCGAUCCUGAACAGGCACAUCACAGAAAUCUUUAAAUUACGCAGGCCUAAAGGGAUUUCUUUCACGUGGGGCAAUGUAAUGUAUUUGCAUUCGGUGAUGUUUGAAUUAGAACUGAUUCGAUCGACCGAUAGCAACGCAACGUCGAACACAGAUAAUAAUGCGAGUACAAGCUCGGGAUUAGACAGACGAGGAAGCCAGGGAGCGAGAAGUAUCUUGUUGAAAGGUCAGAUGAGGUACCUGGAUGAUAUUAAGGCCAUCAUUUUCCUGUGCAGCCCGUUAAUUAACAGUCUAGACGAGCUACUCAACAUGGGUUUGUACUUAAAUGAUCUGAAUCCCCACGGCCUCAGUCGAGAAUUGGUCCUCGCGGGAUGGCAACAUUGCGGCAGACUAGAGAUGAUGUUUGAAAGAGCAGAGCAAAGAUCAGGCGAACUGGAGAACAGUUACGCGCUCCUGGACCGUUGGAAAAACAAAAGCGAUGAACUGUUGUACUCCAUGAUACCGCAGACGGUGGCCGACAGAUUGCGAGCUGGCGCGUGCCCUUUGAGCACCUGCGAGUCGUUCGAAUCCAUAACAGUCUUGUUUUGCGAGCUUUGUGACUUCGACUACUCGACCAUCGAGGGUGCAAUGGACAUCGUCUCCUCGAUGAACGCGGUGUUCUCGUGUUUCGACUCUUUGAUGGACCAAUUUAACGUGUACAAAGUAGAGACGGUUGGUCGAAUUUAUAUGGCGGCCAGCGGCGCACCCGACAGGACCGAGAAACACGCGCAGAACAUCGCGGACGUGUCGUUGCAACUGAUAAAGCACGUUCAAUCACUGAAAUUGCCGUCUGGUCUUGACAUACACAUUCGAAUAGGAAUUCAUUCUGGACCAGCUGUGGCAGGUGUUGUCGGCAUCAAAGUGCCAAGAUAUUGCUUCUUCGGGGACACUGUGAAUACUGCCUCGAGAAUGCAGUCAACCAGUCUGCCGGGGAAGGUUCAUAUCUCGGCGGACACGAAAGCACAGUUACCAGAAGAUCGCUACCGCAUUGAUUCACGCGGGAUAGUUUGGGUCAAGGGGAAGGGCAACAUGGAGACGUAUUGGUUGCACGAAAAAGCGGAAACGAGCGUCGAGCCGACGGUGGAAGAAGCGGCUCAGCCCGAAGGACUUCUAGUCAGUGACAUUUAGCGCGUGGCGAAUGUCCAUAAUUAAGAAAAACCUCGCAUUGUUCCACGCUGUUAACACUUUACCCACCGAGGUCCGAAUAAUUCGAUUUUCCACGAUGUUUACCUACCGGGAACCAGAAAAUCGGAUUUUCGAUGCCAAAAUUUAUACAAUGGAAAUUUUUUGAACGUCGUGAAUACCGAAUCAACACAAGUCUACUUUGUAGCAUUAUCCAUUUGAGUUAUCGAUGGAGCUUUCAGCUUACUGAGAUCUAUUUAGUAAUAUUGAAAAUGUAUACGUAAUGAAGAUGUAUGCGUGGAAUCAACCAAAUAGAUAGUGAACGACGAAUGAUGAAUAAACGAAGAUGAAAAGAUUGAGUUUAUUGAAAUUUUCAUCGGUUGACUUGUGCUGUUUUGGAAUUCAUGGCUUCGAUUAGUUCUUAUCGAGUCAAUUAAUGUUGUAUAAAUUGUGUUACCGUUCACGUAUUGGUUAUUUCCAAUUCAAAUAUUAUAAAUAUUUUGGAAUUAUCUAUUAUUCUAUAUUAUUCAAUAUUAUUCUACAAUGAAUCGGAGUAAUACGUCGCCGGUAAUAAGAACAUGUUUCCGUUCCAGCAAGUCGAUCGGUAUUCGGACGGUCGAGUACGUUUGACAUUUCGAAAUUAAGUGGAGCAAUUUUUUCCUGUUAGAUAGACGUGUUUAUCAUUUUUUCAUUUUCAAGACUUAUCACCUCUCUUGAAUAAUCGCUGCAUGCCUUUUGUUUAAAGUAUAAAUCGAUUUAUUUAAAAUAAAUAAUGAGUAUUGUACAGUAUGUUUCAGUUAUUCCAACAUGGAUAUUAUUUAUGAGAUUUCGUGGGAGACUCUAAAAUAUAAGACGACGAAGAAUAUUGAGUAACAAUGAUUUAACACGUUGAAUGUCGCGGGGGUCACCGGUGGGUGACCCCAACUAAAUCGAAUUACCAUAGUUCACUCGAUUAAACCAUGAUUAUUUAAAAACAUUUCUAUAUUAUAAAUAA